CUUCAGACGAGGUUGGAGAUAUCUGACUCCCCCCACCAUUGACUUAUCCUAUCGGAAAGAAGUUACAUUUGCCAGCACUGCGACAUCCCUGUCUAUGCUUGAAACCUGCGCUCAAGGGUGACGGCCAUGUCGACGUGGACCCUGCAGUGCUCCCACAUACCCUCGGUUGGCGGCUACUCGUACGAAGAAACGAUUGUCUCAAGGAAUUGACAGAAUCAAGUAAAUCGAAGCAAGUAAUCGUCACGCCGAAUCACUCUUGCACGCAGCAUUUGGGCUAUGAAUGAAGACCCAACCCUUUCACCUCGAGGUUUUAGCAGUAUUGCUUUUAUCUGUGAUUCCAUGGCCGGGUCCCAGCAUCUUUAAAAUAUCAUGUCCCCGCGAUCGAGCAUCCGUAGUGAGGAGGAUAGUUCACAAGAGAUGGAUGCCAAUACUGAAGAAGUAUCAGGUAGAAUUGCCUUUGGAAUGCCCAUUUCACGAAAGUCGAGAUAUUUUUCGGCCACAACAAAAGGCGAAGCAUCAGCACAGGCCAUCACAAUGGACUUGUGGAUUGUGCGGCAAGUCUUUCUAUGCCGAGAAACAUUUGGAUGCCCAUUUCGAUAACAGACACAAAAGCAAUGUGAAUACGGCAGAAGACGCGGUAUGCCUAGCGGAUUAUUGCGAUAUCAUGCGCUGCGACGUGCUAGGCAACCGCGACUUCGAAAACUCGGUGGACGAUGACGGAGGUCAUCUGAAUACCGAUAUCCAAGUAUGGCGCGAAACUACCGAGCAACAGCAACAACGGCGCAGCAUUUCCGUCGUGCCGUGCGGGUCGCGUGGCCUCGCCAGGAUGUAUCCUGCGGAUAAAUCCUGCGCCAUCGCCGGCGGUGGUGCGAUGACGAAUCUGCAGCGUUAUUGCCGUCGCGACGAUCAUGACAGCGGCGAAAUGCACAAUCAUAGAUUAGCGAGACCAUCCUAUCACAACGAGAUUGCCGAGACGGAUAACAAGAGCAACGCUUGUGACGAGGAGGAUGAAGAUGAGGAUGACGAAGAGGAGCCGGAAGACGAAGAGAAUCUCGUGGAAGCGGCGUUGCCCGCUGUCGACAAGAAACAGAGACGACGAGGGUUGCAUUUGAGGAAAUUGAAGUCCAACUGCAAACCAGAGGAAUUGCAGAAGCUGAAGACCCAAUGUGAAAUACUCGUGCGCGAUUGCAUCGCCGGACUGCUUGCCAAUCUUUCCGUACGAGAUUUCCAAGAGAUCGAAGGUGAGCUAAACCGAGCGAUUUGCUGGUAUCUCAGCUGUGAUAGAUAUUGGGAGGAUACGAAAAGACCGCAACGUCACACACCAUGGUACCUGCUGAUUGUCUUCAUGCUGCUCCUGUUCUCGUCGAUCUACGCGUGUUAUUACAUAAUCUGGGUCUGGUUCAAUACCGCGGAUGAAGAUAGGUUAGACGGCACCGGAAGUGUGGAUUACAACGGAAGCACAGAUCGUUCGAGUACUUCUCCGUUGCAUGAUCCUAGUAUUCAUAAUGAGGGUAGAUUGGAGAGACGGAAGGGCGACCAUGGGGAUGAGAAUCGCCCCUUGUCGAGCGAGGACAUGCCCGAUCAUUACAUCUACGUUUCGUAUCCGCCUGAGCUAAAGCGGCGACUUCUGGAGAGCUGCUAUAACAGGACCACUCGUCUGUAAAUCGACGAAUCGAAUUAGGAGAGAAUACAUGCGCGAAAAUUAAAAUCUUACCCCGAGCUCUGCACAAAGAAAGGCACUCGAGGCUGAAACUCCUCACUCUCAUUUUUCUCGUUAUCCUCGUGUUUUGUAUACCAAAUGUGAAUAAACUGCAUCGUGGACACAA